GUGUGCUAGUAGUGAACACAUAAUCUGUAGCGCUCUCUGUGUCUCUCUCCCGCAUUUUCUAUCGAGACAGUGUUUAAUGGUUUAAUAUGUGAAACUUGAUAUUGUACUAUUUAUAACAGACUCAGAUGCUCAGCAAUGAUAAAACCAUUAUCCCAGCGGAAGCUUGAAAAACACGUGUCAGCUGUUAAAUCUGAAAAAUCAAUCUUGGCGAUCAAUAAAGUGAAGAAAGCGAUUGGUCGAUCUUCCAGUCAAGAACGAUCGGCGGUUGAUCCCUUGUCCCGGGGCGGUAUGACUGGGCGGGAGGGAGGCGGUAUUCCCCGCCCCAAUGUAACCAGCUCACCAAGCAAACUUGCAAUCAGAACAAAUACAAAACUACUUGGGAGCAAGCAAGAUCAAGUUGGAAGAUCAUUCUCUGGUGAUCAUAGAUCGCAACCAAGUGAGCAGGGGCUUAGAUACCCUGUAGGGGGGCAAGGUCCUACACCAGGGGCGCAGCAGGGGUACCAGAAGGGGUUACAAAAGACCCUUGUGAGCGACAAGCUUUAUCCCAGGAUAUCCAGUGAGCAGCCCAACUAUCAUCCAUCCUCCCCUCAGCGCUCCCAUACCCUGUCAAUGAUUCCAUCCCACACCUCUCGGACAAAACUAGGCAGUGCUGCGGUAAAGACGACAUUUAGUUCUUCGACGUCGUCUUCCGUGCAGUACACACAGUCUUCUAGUAGUUCAACGCAGUCUACACAGUCCACGGGUAGUUCUACGCAGUCUACACAAUCUAAUGGAAGUUCUGCACAGUCUGGUAGUUCUGUGAGGUUUAAUACUGAGUCUACAAGUACAUCCACAGGACGGGGUACACUUGCUGUACAGUACAACAAUAAUCAACCAGGCAACUCAAUUAAAGGCAUCAUGAAGGCCGAUGUUACGCAAUACCCACCCUCCUCCUCCUCCACAACCCGACCGAAGCCUUACUCUUCAACUUCCAACCCUUACCCCCCUGCGUCAACCUCCUACCCCCCCUCCUCUGCACCCUACCCCUCCUCCUCCUCCUCAUCCUACCCAAGCUACCAAUCUACUCAAACUCAACAAUUAAACAUCCCUAGCUCCCUCCCCUCCCUACCCCAAGGUCAGCUUGGUCAGCAGAAUAUCCCCUCAUCCUUCCCCUAUAAUCCUAGUUACGCAAACCAAACACAUUCCAUGCAAAUACAUCCGAACCAGGGACAAAGUGUUGGUCCACCGUCAAACCAACAAAAUGGGUCCCAUUCUGGUCCAGUCAAUCAUAACCGUGGACAAUCUAAUCUUAAUAAUGGGCAUGAAGCAGUCAACGGUCAUGGACCAACGAACAGUCAAGGGCUUGGUCACAACAUUGCCGGGCACGGGUCUUAUCUCGGGACAAGUAGUGUAAAAAUAGGAAAUCCGCAGAAUAUUGGACAAAAUUCGCAAAAUUUUGGACAAAAUCCGCCAAAUAUUGGACAAAAUCCGCAACAUCCCCAAAAAGGUUUCUCCAGCCAAUAUUCUGAUGGUUCUAAAUCUCAACACCAAUAUCCAGGAUACAAGGGACCUGGACCUGGACUUUCAAGAAACUUUCCACAUUUAUUGCACUCUAGCCAUCCAUCCCAACCUACCCCACCUCCAUACACUCAACCCCCGCCACCAACCCCAUCAUCAUUCGAUGUAGCCCCCCUGCGACUGGACGGAGAAGAUUUAAAUUCUUUGAAUCACAGCGACCUGUGUCGAAGACUGAUAUCUGUAAAAGGAGACUUGAAAAAAUUGUCGCAAGAAAACGGAAACAUUGUCGCAGAUUUGAAUAAGAAACUUCAAGAUCAAAUCAAUGAAAUUAGAAACCUGAAAGAGUUAAACCAGCGGUUAACAGAGGAUAGCCAGGAAUUGCGAGACCUGUGUUGCUUUCUAGACGAUGAUCGUCAAAAGGGCAGAAAACUAGCAAGAGAGUGGCAAAGGUUUGGACGUUACACUGCAUCAGUGAUGAGACAAGAGGUGUCCAACUACCAAACCAAACUCAGAGACCUGGAUGGGAAACAGCAGGCGCUAGUCAAGGAUAAUAUUGAGCUAAAAGAGCUCUGUUUGUAUUUGGAUGAAGAAAGAGGGAAUGUAAGUGUCUGUAUUGAAUGCGGAGGUCCCUCUUCCCAUACCAUCCCCUCAUCCCUCCCAUCCCCCCACCCUCCCCUCCUCCCAUCAAGGGACGAGGGUGACGGGUCGUCUUCUUCAACUAACAAUGACGAUUCUGAAAUAUCGUCGUCCAACCUGGCCGACGAAUUGAACGCUGUAAGAGUAAGAGAGGCGUUGUACAACAAGGAGUUUAAGAUAGGGAAAUCUGGAUUAAAUGAUGAGGUUCUCCAAUAUAUCCGAGAUCUAGAGGAUAGAUUAGGAGUAACUGAUCUCUACAGAGACGAUCAAUUAGGGAGUAAGAAUCAUUACAGGGAGGAUCAUUUGAACAGCAAGGAUCAUUAUCAAGAGGAUCAUAGAAGAGAUAUUGAAAAUCCCAGUCCACAGUGGAAUAGUCGCCCUGAGGCAGUUUCAAAUGCAUUCAAGGUGCUGAGUAUCCAGGAAAGGAUACUGGAAAGAUCCCUGGAUUCUGAGAACACAGAUACCGAGCUGGAGCUGGGGGAGGGGGAGAAAGCUUUAGUCAGGGAGAUGUGUAAUGUUGUUUGGAAGAAACUGGAAGAAAACUAGCAGUAAAAAAGAAGAAUCUAAAGAAUCCUAGAUGUGUCCAGAUCUGAAUA